GCGGAGCCGUUGUGAAUAACAGCUGAGGUGGUCCUGGGACUCCAUUGUGCCGGGAGGAAAGAGCGGAGGGCCCCGUGGCCCCUGGGGAGCAGCAUGACCUCCAGACACUGUGCGGCCGGGGAGGGCGGAGUCCGGCGCCAGGCCUUGCAGAGGAGCCGAGCCGACAUCCCGCCCAUCGAUGUCGAGGUCCUGAAGGAUUUGGAGAUCCUGACACAAGAUGUCGCCCUGAAGGUGGAUCAGAUGAUGAAAAGCCUCAACGGCACCAUCCAAAACAUGACGGCGCUCAGCGUUGGCUACAUCCAGACAUAUCGGGACUCUGUGGACAGUUUGGGGGAGUCGGUAGAUAUGAGUAUAAAGGUGAUGUACACGCUGAUGGCGCGCUGCGAAGAACUGGACCGCUCCAUGCAACCCAUCCACGCGCUGGCCAAACAGAUCCGAGACAUUAAGCACACGCUGGAAACGUUUGAGGCGUUAUGUAAAUAACUUUCCAAUAAAGACUUUGUACAU